GGCAGAGACGCGGGUCAGUAUUGACAUAAUUUAACAAAAGUACACCACGACCCUCGCAUAAUUACUACCAUCACCAAUGUCAGAAAACCAACAGCCGCAAGAAGAGUUGUCCCUCCCGAAGGCAACGGUGCAGAAAAUCAUUUCGGAGGUGCUGCCGUCUGAGUUCAGUUUUACGAAGGACGCGCGAGAAGCACUGAUCGAAUGCUGCAUUGAAUUCCUCAUGAUUUUGUCCACUGAAUCGAAUGACAUCGCCGACAAGGAGCUCAAGAAGACCAUCUCGACGGACCAUGUUCUCAAGGCAGUGACAGAGCUGGGAUUUGUGGACUACAUCCCGGUGCUUGAGAAAUGUCUGAGCGAGUUCAAGGAAAGCAACAAGUUCAAAGAGCGCAAGAACAGCAAAUUCCAGAAUAGCGGGCUGUCCGAGGAAGAGCUAUUGAGACAGCAGGAAGAGCUGUUCCGUGCUAGCAGAAACCGUCUUCAGCAACAGAAUGUCAAGGAUGAGAGCGAGUAAUGUAUUCUAGUGGAUAGAUAGAGAUGUACGAUUAUCGAUAAUAUUUGCACAGCCGAGU